AUGACUCCCGCAUCACCAAUAACGCAACCUUCACCAGCUAUACCAAUAGCGCAACCUCCCCCAAUUCCACAUGGAGAGACUUCUAUCCAUGCAUCUGAUGACUACUCCCCGGCAAUGGAAGUGCCAUCCAAUGAGUCUGAGAGCACUGGACCCCCUUGGUUGAUCACCCCGGACAGUUUAAUUGUAGAUUAUGAAGUUAAGAGAGCAAUACAUGAAUUGGUGAAAGGUCACUAUAAAGAGGCAUGGACUGGAUGGGGAAAAGUGCCCAAAGAUGUGAGGCAAAGGAUAUUCACUGCUUUUAAUGCUCCAUUUCCAUGGAUGGCUCCUGUAGUUUGGGAGGGUUUGCAGAGAUAUUGGGAGUCAGAGGAGUUUAAGAGAAUAAGUGAAAAGAACAAACAAAAUAGGGCAGAAAUUGGAAGCUCCUCCACUGUUAUUUAUCGUGGUGGAUCUGUCAGUACUGCUGUGCACCGCCUUAGACUGGCGGAGGAAUUGGGUAGGGAGCCGACACCUAAAGAAUGUUUUAUCCGGACUCAUGGAAGGAAAGAUGGCACACUUGAGGCUGGGCGUGCCACAGAAAUUGUUGAACAAUUUGAGAAAGCUAUUGUAGACAAAUGCAGUCAAGGCGUAGAUGACGAUUCUAUCAAUCAAGAUGAAUUAUGGGAUGAGAUAGCUAUUGGAAGUCGUAACAGAGUUGUAGGAAAAGGUAACAUUGUUAGGCAAAUGACCUCAUCCAAUUACAAGCUGCGCUCGGGGCCUUCAGAAUCAACUGAACAACUCCGCAACAAAGUUAAAGAGUUACAGGAGGAGCUUGCUAGAUCUCGUGCUGAGGCUGAUGCUGAGUUGGCUCGAUGUGAGUUAUUUGAAUCAUCAUUGCUUGUUGCACUUCGGGUACAAGGUAUUGACCUCUCAAGCAUACCUACUACUGCUCGUACACCACAUGCUCCUCGAGUACCAACAGGAGAGUCUCAAACACAUGUCGACGAGCACUCUCCAAUGUUGAAAAGUGUUCUGGUUUCCCCGUCUACAGAUAAUUCUCUUGACGACUUUGAGGAUGAUGUAGAUCGGGACUAG